AAAAAAAAUCCAAAAGAGUUCACCCCAGAAAAAUAAAACAAAACAAAAGGGGGAAACACGAAAAAAAAUUAAACCCCAAACGUUAAAUUUUCCGGCGGGAUCUUUCAAAAUCCUUUUCCUCACUCUCGAAUCUCGCAACAGAGCAAACCCUAGUUUACAGUUGGUCCAUCUCGGCUCUCCCUUCCCCUCUAACCUCUGAUCUCGACGAAGAGAAGCAGCAGCGAUUUUCCCGCGCUUUCCCCCCCUUUCGAAAUGGCCGAAAAGCGCGGGAAAGAGAGCGAAGACGACCCGACGCCGGCGGAUCCGUCGGCGUCCGAUGUUGAGCUCGCUAGGGGACGCAUUCGUCAGCGAUGGGAGUUCGCUUCUGUUCUUAACUUUCUUCACGUUUUUAAGCCUGUUAUUGGUAGUGACUUGAAGAUUUCAGCUGAAGAGAUUGAGACGGCGCUGAUAACUCCGAACAGGGAUUUGGCCAGCCUUCAUGUUGCUCUUCUGAAGGGAAUACCACCUGUGAACAAAAAAAUGACAGAGGCUGAUACCUGGGUGACUGUAGUCUGUAGGAAACUUGUUACAUGGUGGCCAUGGGUCGCAGAAGGAGAUAAUCCACUUAAAGUUGAUCACGGGAAGGAAAUUCAGAGAUAUAAACUGCUUGAUCCAGUUACUCGAAUGGGGAUCUUGAAAGCUAUUUGUGAAGUUCGUGCGCAACAAGAUGAUAUAUUGAGCUACAUAACUGAUGAACUGAAGAAGGGAACUGAGCUCGCCACUUUCCGCAAAGAAAGGAUAGGUGGUGCUGGCAAUGGAGUUAGUUACUGGUAUGAUGGAGAUCCAGUCAUUGGCUAUAGGUUAUACAAGGAAGUAGUUCAGGUUGAUUCCAGACGGAAGGCAAAGGGAAAGGGCGGUGCACCACAACCAACAAAUAACUAUCAGUGGGAGACUGUGGCAACUGAGUUUGGGGAAUUCAAAGAAAUAUCAGAAAAGCUAUCAUCCAGCAAUAUUAGUGUAGAAGCUUCUGUCGGUGAGAUCAUUAAAACCGAGAUAAUUCCCAUUCUUGCAAAGCUCCAGCAGAAGAAAGAGAGAGCGUGGAAGCGGCAACAAAGGGAAGCCCUACAGUUAAAUGAUUUCUUGAACUAUAGUAGAGUAGGGGUAACUCGAUCCUGUCGUGAGCGGCCUGUGCGCUACACUUUUGAUGAAUAUGAUCGGUCCAUUGAUGAGGCUAUACAGAUAUCAAAGAAAUCAAAGACAACUGGUUCAGAAAAGGAGAAUGGUAGACGCACUCGUGGAUCUGCUAAUGAGGUUACAUUAGAUGGAAAUAAGAAACUAGGUGAAGAAAAUUCAGAAGCAGAUGAUGAGAUGCAUGAAAAUCCUGCGGAUGAUGAAGAAGACAAGUACCAGAGCGACAAGGAUGAAAAUGAUCAUAGUGAUGAGAAAUAUAAUAAGUAUAAAAGUGACAAUAAUGAUGAUGAUGAUGAUUAUGAUGAAAAAGAUGAACACGACAAUGACAGCAACGUUGAAGAAGAAGAAGAAGAAGAAGAAGCAGAAGAAGAAGAAGAAGAAGAAGAAGAAGAAGAAGGAGAUUUUGUUAGCUCUGAUGAAGAAAAUGAUGAUUCUCCAAAACAAACAAUAAAUCAGAACAAUGCAAGGACUAAAGCUGCAGUAGGAGUACGAAGGAGCCAAAGAUUUACAGAGAUUUCUGAGGGCCCUGCAGAGACUAAGAAACGGCUGAGGCAGAGACCAACUCGUAACAGUGCUCAAAUGGUUUCAGACUCUGAAGACAGUUCACCGAAAAAUGAGAAGCAAACUGAGAUAGUAUCAGACUCUGAGAUGGCGGAUUCUGCUGGGGAUGGAUCAGCGGGAGCUGGCGAUGAUGAAUCGACUGGUGAUGAUGGAUCGCCGGAUUCCGGUGAUGCCAGUGAAUGACUAGUUAGCAUUUCUUAUGCUUUGUUUCUGUAGAGGGUAAAGCUUUUGGUGAUAUAGCAGCCUAUGUCAUAUCCAUAUGAUAUGUUUGGGGCUUCCUUGUGUUUUUGUGUAUACAGAGAGGAAGUGAAUUAUGAUGCUUCCUUGCUUUUUGUAAUGCAGCAAGAAAGCUACAUUGUUGUAGUGAUUUGAAAAUGUGUUUCACUUGAGUGAAGUUUUAGAUGUUUGUAUUAGAAGCUUCGCCCUUGUUUUACCCGGCCUUGAAAUUGGGGCAUUUCCGAGUUAAAUUAUAACAACAUUGGCCGCGCCUAGUAGAUUUCU